UUUGAGACGAGAGCAAUGUCAUGUUUAUGUCAGCGUUCAUUCAAGUGCACAACAGAAAAUAAUUAUUAUAUAAAUAGAUGACAAAGAGUUCGAUGCGGAUGUGGUAAAAGAUGGGAAAACAGCAGAUUUUACUCAAUAUUCUGUGAGAGGUUUGACGGUGCAGAAGCAUCCGGACGUUGAACGAUGAACGGCCACACGUGAGUUCGGGAUGGAGAUUUGCGAGCAAGAAGGAUUCUUCCAUCAGGAUUACGACCGCUUGCGGGCCACAAUUAGCGAAAACGAGUUACGCACUUUUUCGCAGUUAAAAACCGACAGGCAACGGGUUAGAUUUGUGGAAAAGGUUAUUACCGAGCGUUGUGAUGAUUUAUGGAAAACUGCAAGGCGAAGUGAGUCUGGAAAAAAUCUGUCGAUCGCUUUAGAGCAGAAGAAUUUGGGAAAUCAAGAGUUUCAAUACGAAAAGUGGAGUAACGCGUUGCGGUGCUAUAAUAGGGCCAUAUUGAGAAUUCCGUCAAACAAUGUUAUGGAAAAAUCUAUCAUCUUGGCAAAUCGUUCGGCAGCCUUAUUCCACCUAAAUAAAUUUGAGGAAGCCUUGCAGGAUAUUAAUCUAUCGAUCGACAAUGAUUAUCCCAAAGCAAUGAGGUACAAGCUGAUGGAACGAAAAGCUCGCUGUUAUUUUGCAUUGAAGGACCUACCCUCAUCACUUGAAUGUUAUAGGGAGAUGCUUGAUGCUUUAAAGUACUCAAGCCUAGAUCCGGAUAAGCAGGAAAACAUGAUUAAGGACACCUACAAAAAGGCUACAGAGCUUGAAGUCCAUAUAGCAACCAUCAAGAAAUAUCUGGAACCUGUGAAGCACUCCUUAGGGAAAAGAAAAUUUCUGUUCCAUUUAGAUAAAGCAGUAUAUUUCGAUUGCACCGAGAAAGAGGGAAGGUUCGCCUGCACAAAGAGCGAUCUCCGACCGAAUCAGCUGGUGCUUAAGGAAUUACCCCAUGCGUCGGUAGUAAAUCGCGAAUGUAAUUUAACGCACUGUGAUAAUUGCUGUUCGCGAGUUGAUGUUCUGUUUUGCUGUCCAAAUUGCGUGGAUGUCGCCUAUUGUUCGCCUGAUUGUCAGAAGAAGGCUUGCUCCAGUUAUCACCGAUACGAGUGCGGCUUUUUACAAUUUCUUUGGAAGUCCGGAGCGAACGUAGUCUGUAUGCUAGCACUGAGAAUUAUCACACAAAAGAGUGUGGAAUAUUUCUACGAACUCGAGGAGGAGUUAGAACAAUUGACAAGUGAGAAAACUGAUGGGCUCCCAUACGAUGAUUACCGUAAAGUGUUCAAGUUUGUGACUCACUCCGAACAAAGAGGCGCAGAAGACUAUCUCAAAUGGACACUGAUGGCUACAUUGUUAAAUACUGUACUGAAACUAAGUGUGUUUUACAAAACCAACACCUUAGACACCUACAUUGGAGCACUAGUAUUACAUAACAUGCAAAUUGUCACCUACAAUUCGCAUGAAAUUUCAGAGCUACAGCGAAGGAAACCACGAGAUUCGGGUUUCUCUGCUUGCAUAGGGGCUGGUCUGUAUCCGACGUUAGUUCUGUUCAACCAUUCCUGUGAUCCCGGAAUCACUCGGUAUUUCGUCGGAAACGCUGUGUACGUGCGAACGGUUAAAAACAUUCCAGCCGGAUCGGUGCUAGCGGAAAACUAUGGUCAGUUGUUCGUUCGAUCUAAUCGUCAUGAACGGCGAAAUUCUUUGAAAUCUACCUAUAAGUUCAUCUGCGGUUGUCAAGCAUGUGAGGAAAAUUGGCCCAUGCUGGAUGAGAUGAGUGUCAAUCUGGUGCGAUUCCGAUGCACUGGUAGUGAGCAAUGUGACAACGUGUUAAUUUAUACAGAGCAUUCGCCACAGGAUGCGCUAAAAUGUGAAAAAUGUGGUAUGUUUACGAGCAUUAACGAAUGUUUCGAAUCGUUGAAGCAAAUAGAUGUAUACAAACGAUACAACGAAGCUACAGAUCUCUACCAAGAGGGGGAGUUUGAUCGGGCACUUUCCAAAUAUGCGGCGAUUAUGAGCUCUUUGGAUCAAGUUUUGGUGAGACCUUAUCGAGAGUAUCACAUUUGUCAGCAAGGAAUUCGCCGGUGUUCGUUAGAGCUGGGUAAUAAAUAUACGGAGCAAUCGUAACUAAAAUAAUAAAAACGUGCGUCAGAAAAUCUUUGUUUGUGUUUACGUCUGACAAUGUUAUUGUGUUUAUUUCGAAAUGUUGAAGAUGUAAUAAACGGUUGAAUAGUU